ACAAAUGGGGCCUGGCGCGACACCAUCUCCGGAGCCGACCCCUCAUUCUCUCAGGCGCACCUCUACCGACUUCAUCAGCAAGUCAAGAAGCCCUGCAGCCUGCUCAUCGCACCACGUAUCAGAAGCGAAAGGAUCAAAGGGAAGAUCGCCACCCCGGGACUUUACCUGUGGGAGGAGAGCCGGCAGGGCGUCGCGACCCUCUUGCACGACACCUCCUCGUUCACUGAUGAGGAGGCCAAGAUAAGACAUGGGUUCGCCCACUGCGACGGGCUCGUGCUCCUACCCGCCGAGGAUACCGUGCGUGUGCUCAACCCAGCCACAAGCCGAAUCAUCGAGCUCCCUUGGAGCCCCAACAGCGUUGCGCCACGCCGGCACUUGGUGGCACAAGGACACCAAGCAUUCGGCUUCGGGCGCGACCAUCGCUCCAACGCCUACAAGGUCGCUCGCUUCUUCUACCGUGAAACUCGUGCCAUGGGUGGCCAUGGGAUGGAGGUGUUCACUAUCGGAAAGGACCAAUACUGGCGUGAGACGGCCGCACAACCACCGUACCCGUUUCUAGCAGGACGGAUUGCGACCUUCUUCAAGGGUUCCCUGAUUUGGACAGUUGACCAGUACUCACUUAUGUAUGAAUGUGAUCCCUCGCUUCUACUUCAUCAUGCAAGUAUGACGUGCUUUGUCCGGUUUAGUCUUGAAGACGAAUCAUUCAGCAUCAUGACGGGUCCUCCAUGGUUUGAAGCGGGCGACUAUUUAGAAUCCAGAUUAGCUAAGUUGAACGGUGAGCUAGCCGUCCAUCGUCUAGGGCCCAACUAUGAAUCUGUUGAGAUAUGGAUGUGCAAUGAUGCGGAAAGCAACAACCCGCCACGGUGGGAGCAGCGCCAUGUUUUCAACUUCCGGGCUUAUAUUCGUCUGAUAGCUACAUUCAACGAUGAGAUAGUGUACCAAGACGGAUCAUCGUAUCUCUGGCGUCAAACUCAUCAAGGAAAUAAAUUUAUGGUUUGCAUGACUGACUUGAAGUAUCAUAACCCCGACAUGGGCACACUUGUUGAAUACUCAUGGGGGACCAUUAAGGACUUUGAUGUAAUCUUUUUCAUUCCUACCCUAGUUCAAAUCUAG